UUACCUUGAACCAUAUAAUUAGUUUAGUUGUUUCGUUUCCCCUUCCAUUCCCAAUUUGCACUUGGAUUUAAAUUUCCCAAACCAUGAGAUGCACUAGAAUACUCCGUCCUCUUAUUUUCGCUUUAUUUAUCUGCCAAAUCCACUUUUCCAAAACAAAAUUUCCCACUGAAAUGGGCAAAUUUUUUUUUUAAUAAUGGCGAGAAGAGACUGACCACAUAAGUUACUCAACAGAGACAAAUACAAUAUAAAAAAACAAAAAAAAAUGAUCAACUCUGAUUUUGCUUUCUCUGUACACAUGUCCAUGUGCAGUUUUUAAUAACUCUAAAGAUCUAUGCACUGUUUAAACUUCAGAUCAAAAUUCAAGGUUAGAGAUUGUACAGUGAUCACUUAAAGCUGUUGAUCCCGUCGAGUAGCUUAUUUGGGUCAUCUGAAUUGCAGCUUUUACAAUCGUCUUCAAGGAGACUGGAAGGAAAUGCUUUUCAUCCUUUAUUUCAUCUGAAUAUUCAUAAAUGGGGAAGAAAGCGAAGAAGAAAAUUCACAAAAAACCUGUGCAAAAGCCCAAAAAGUUACAGCCUUCUAAUGCCAUUGCUAAGACUGAGAACACCGAAAGCAUCGAAACAAUUAUAUCAGAAAAGGCCUGCAAACACUUGGAUAAGGGUAUUGAUUUGGAAAAACUAAACAACCAGUUAGGGAAAUCACCAGUCCUGAAAUGCCAGGGGUGCUUGAAGUGUGGUAUUGGUGGGAAGAAGGAGAAGAAAGGGAAGGCUAAACAUGUGAAAAAUAAAGGAGGAUCUAAGGAUUUGAGGCAUUUGCCCUCAGGAAGCAUUUGGGUUUGUUUAGCCUGUGGUCAGUUGGGAUGUGGGGGUGAAGAAAAGGGCCUUAGUUCAAAUGGGCAUGCUUGGCAGCACUGGCUCUAUGCACACCACCCUUAUGCUGUACAAUGCAAUGCUAAUGACAUCCUUGGGUGUUGGUGUUUCCUCUGCAAAACCACCGUGCAAGAUAAUUCUGUUGUGGACAGGGAAGAGAGCUGUCAGAGCUUGCAGCUGCAAGCCCUUAAGUUGGUUCAGGAGAAACUGCUCAAUCAAACUAUGAUCAGUGAUGCCAAUGGUGGUCCCAUCUGGUCUGGGGAGAAUGCGACAAGUGAUACUGAAAAUAAUCAACCUCAGGAUCUGGAUGGAAGUAGUGAGGAUGUUUUCUGGAGUGGUAGGCACAUUGUUAGAGGUAUGAUGAAUCUUGGUAAUACUUGUUUCUUCAAUUCGGUUGUGCAGAAUUUGCUUGCAUUGGAUGUGCUUUGUGAUCAUUUCCUGAAUUCUGGUGAAUUUCUUGAAGGACCCAUGACUUCAGCUCUAAGGAAGCUUUAUUUUGAAACAAGUUCAGAGGGGCUGGGGCAAGGAGAUCUCACUAAGUCUAGAAAGGGAACGAAAGUGAAUGGGACCAUCAACCCCAACGCACUUUUCUGUGCCAUCUGUGACAAGGCAUUGCAAUUCAAGGGAUUUCAGCAGCAAGAUAGCCAUGAGUUGUGGAGAUAUUUACUUGAUUGCUUACGUACAGAAGAAUUAUGUAUAAUAAAGUCAAAAGGAACUGUAUCUUUGGAUUUCAGAGCAUCUAAGGACAAUGCAGAUGAAAACACGGACCAUUUGACUAGUACACCAGAUAUAAUAACAUUAGUGGAUCGAGUAUUUGAUGGUCAAUUGUGUAGCACAGUUUGCUGCUGCAAUUGUGGUCAUUCUUCAAUGGUUUAUGAACCAUUUUUUGAUUUGCAACUGCAAAUUCCAACUAAACAAACAGCUGAAAAGGUCUCAUUGCCCCGUUACAGAGGCUCAUCAUCUCCCAAAGCAAAGUUGAAGAAUAAUGCCAGAACCAGUAAGAAAGGAAAUUCCACGGGGAAACGAAGAUCAGGCAUUUGUGAUGCUCAAGCAGAUGUGCCUUCUCAGGAAAUCUCACCAUCCUGUGCUGAAGACAGAAAUCCAUAUACAGGAGAAAGAGCUGAGAAUGUGUCUGCUCCACAAGAAAAUAUUGAAUGGAUUGAACCUGUUCUACAAGAAGAUAUUGGAUGUAAUGGAUCUGCUAGGCAAGGAGAUACUGGAUGGAAUGGAUUUGCUCCACGAGAAGAUAACAUAUGGAAUACAUCUGCAUCACAAGAAGAUACCGUAUGGAUGGAUUAUCUUAGAUCUGGAUCUGAGUCUGAUGAUAUUUUAAAUCAAGAUAUCUCUCAGACAUCAGAAAAUGUGCAGCAAGUUGAGAACCAUUGUGCAGGAAUUGUAAAUCUUGAAUGUGGUUUUAUUGCAUCUGAUGGCUCUGAAACAGAGCAUCCUCCCCUUGUUGUUGGGGACUCAGAUGUUUUGUUACUUCCUUACAAAGAAGUAGAUCUGAUAUCUGAUCAAGGGCUUCAGGCAAAAGAAGAGUCUUUGGAGUUGGCUCAGGAGCCUGAGAAAGCGUUAGGCAAUCAUUUCAAUGUUACUGUCUCAUGUACAGAUCCGGAGCCUUUUGAUGGUUUUGGACAACUGUUUGAGGAGGAAGAAACAGUGCAUACUCAGAAAAAAGGAGGGUCUGAGGACUUUUUGCACAAUGCAAGUGGCAAUGAUUUUUUGUAUACGGACAGCUCUAUUGUAGCUACUGAAACAAUCAAAGACAUUAUGGACACCGUGGUUACACCAAUGUCUCUUGAUGGUUGCUUGAUAGAUUUCACAAGGGCAGAGUUACUAACUGGAGAAAAUGCAUGGAAGUGUGAAAAGUGCUAUUCUAAGGUUGUAGAGAGUUCUGGAAAGCCUGAAAAGAGAGAAGCAAAACCAAAUCAAGGAAUGAAAACUAAGAAAAGGUCGACUGUAGGAUCAGCGAUCAAUGUUUCAGAUGUAUCUUCAAUCUGUGGGACACAUGUAAAUGUGGAGGAGCAGAAAUUAGUCUCACAAGACAAAGUAAGAGAUGCAGAGCUUAAAGUUCUCACCAUCACAAAUAGUUCUGGACUCUCUGCCCUGAAAGCAGAUAACACUGAGUUAUGUAGUGGUACAAUAAGAUGCAGUGACAUCGAUGAAAGCAUAAGGGGCAACUGGCAGGGCAUGAAUGAAGCAAAAUUUGACCAUACUGGCGUUUUGUCCAGUUUAUGUCUUGCAGACAGUGAACAACAACCUGAUCAGGAAGUACACCAAUUGGAAAGAACAUUUCAAGGGAAAGAAAAUAUCCCUGUGAAUGUCUCUCUCAGUGUUAGUUUAAAUGAUUCUUCUGGUAAAAGAGUUUUAUGUAGUCAAACAGAGGAUUCUUGUAACGAGAAUUUAUCAAGAACUUAUGGGUCUGAGUCUAGGGAAGGAAUUGAUGGGAUCACUCAAGCUGAGAGAUCUGCUUCCACAAGCUUCGUUCCAAAAGGUGAAGGAAUUACUGCAAAUUUAGAAGGACAUAAUGUACAUAUCCCAAAACAUAGGUCAGCUGGGAAGGGACAUGUACUAGAUAAAAGAAAAUCAAAGAAAACAGAAUUCAAUCCUAAUACUGUGAAACAAGAAGCAAUCAAAAGAUAUCUCAUCAGCAAGGCACCAUCUGUUCUAGUCAUACAACUAAAGAGGUUUACACAAGAUCUAUGGGGCCGUUUAAGUAAACUGAGUGGCCAUGUUACGUUUCAAGAGAGGCUUGAUAUCAGACCAUAUUUGGACCCUAGGUGUCCUGACAAAGAUAAUUGUGUUUACUACCUUAGAGGAGUGGUUGAACACAUGGGCACUAUGAGAAGUGGUCAUUAUGUUGCAUAUGUAAGAUGUUGUGAAGAUGAGAACUACCAAGAUGCUGGAAGGGAUGGCCAGCCUGAAAAGAGUCUCUGGUACUAUGCCAGUGAUUCUCAUGUGAGAAGAAUAUCCUUUUCAGAAGUUCUCCAAAGUGAGGCCUACCUAUUAUUUUAUGAGAAACAUACACUCUGUUGAGCUUCAGAAUAAUAAUUAAGCAUUUUUCUAUGCUUUUUGCCUUGCACAAAUGGCAUUGGUUUUGUUGUUUUCUAUGAAGUUGUGGCAAUUCAAGGGUGCAAACACCAAUUAAUUUUUAAAUAACAAACACUUUUUUGGGGGGAUUUAGAGGCAAAAUUUUAUUAUUUUAUAAUGGGGGAGGGUGGGAGAGGGGUUCAGUGGGCAGGGAAAGGUUUAUGUUAUGAAGAUUUGACUGUUUUAUCUGGUGGAAGAGGAUGUGUAGACAAAGAGCGUUCCCCACCUUGCGCGUGUCCUGGAUCUUGCAACGAAUACCUCCCCCUUGUAAGAACAAAUAUUAGCAUUGAAGGAAAAUGCUCAUGUGUAUAUUACCAAUUUACUAUAUAUAUUUAAUUCCAUGGUACUGCAUGGAGUUUUGGAAAGUUUGUAUUUGUAGAGACAAAUCAACUGUAAAAGUUGACACCAAUAUAUGUUACAAGACAAGCUGAAAAUAUAUGAUUAAUAAAGCAUAUCCUGCACAAGGUUUGUCA